AUGACAGUGGAAACUAAAAGUUACCAUCAACGGCUGCAAACAAUGCAAACAAAUAUUUGCACUAAUUUAAAGCAAGAACCGGAGAUAACUGAACAAUCCGAUUUCUCGCAUACCGGUUUCACAUCCAAGUCCGAGGAAAAUUAUAUAAUAAUGGAAACUUCGCAAUCGAUUUCACAACCAUCAACAUCAACACGUCCGGAUUCAGUAUGGCAACGUAAGGUUUGUGCUUAUGUGGCAUCAUCACGACAGGAAAUACUAAAUGAUGAUGAUUUCAAUCGGAAUUUAAAACAAGCUCUGGAAGCAAUCGAAGCUGGCAUACAACCAAUACGCAUUGCAGCUGGAAGUUCCGGAUCAUAUUUUGUGCGUGAUAUCAAUCAUCAAAAUAUAGCAGUAUUCAAACCAAAAGAUGAAGAACCAUUUGCGCCACAAAAUCCCAAAUGGCCAAAAUAUUUGCAACGUGUACUUUGCUUUUGCUGUUUUGGAAGAGCAUGCCUUAUACCAAACAAUGGUUAUAUGUCAGAAACUGCUGCUUCUCUUGUUGACGAAAAAUUUCAA